GUUUAAGACUCCGCCAUGGAGUUUUACGGUAGCAAGAAACAAGUGCGCGUUUGACCAGCCAUGGCCCGUCGAAGAAGCUGUUUAUAUGUUUAUAUAAGUGUCCGUUAAUGCUUGUUAAUGAAAUAUUACAGUUAUUUCACGAUGGGAGAGGACGGGGUAUUACAAAAGCUGGGUAAUAUGAAGGCUUUUUUGGGCAUCGUAGCAGGAGCAGGAGCUUCGUAUGGACUGUACAAAAUGUUACUGCGCGCCUGCAGAGAAGAUCCAGAGAGAAAGAAAAUAAAGGCGAAAGAAAGUGGGAAGAUCCAGCCAGGAAGUCUGAUGGACAAAGUGUCUGGAUUUAAUGUCGUUAGUGGGAAUAUGAGCACAGAGGUUGCAUCAAGUGAAGUGUUCUCCAAAUCCCCCAGCAGUCUGGAGCCUCGACACCUCAGCAUGCUCCUCUCUCUUGUACAGAGCAGCCCGAGCCCAACCGAGAGAAAACAAGUCCUUAUCACUUUAGGAAACGCUGCAGCUUUUACGGUGAACCAGGAUCUCCUUCGUGAAUUUGGAGGUCUUCACAUCAUCGCCAGCUUUCUUUCAGACCCUGAACCUGAUGUCAGAGUGCAGACUCUUAAUGCCUUAAAUAACCUGAGCAUGAACAUCCGCAAUCAAGAGCAGCUGAAGAUCUAUGUUCCAUCAGUGUUGGAGCUGAUUGAGAUGUCCCCUGUGAACUCGGACCUUCAGCUGGCAGCACUGAGGUUACUGACGAAUCUGACCGUCACAGAUAAUCAUCAGCAUUUACUGAAGAGCUCCAUCACGCUCCUCCUGUCACUGCUUGUAGUGAGCAACAGCGUUCUUCAGAUCCAGGCUUUAAAGGUCCUGGUCAAUUUAUCAUCUAAUCCAGACAUAAUGGACGACAUAGUGCAAGCCCAGGCUCCUGCCUCGCUGGUGCUCCUCUUUGAUUGCUGCACAAACACAGAAGUGCUCCUUCGUCUUCUGGUCUUCAUGGGGAACCUGCGGGCCUGGAGACCAUCUGCACAGGUGGCUGAAGCUCUGAGAAGGCAACCGGACUCGCUCUACUGCGUGCUGCUAGACAGCUCCUCUCAGAUACACAGCAGACUCCCUCUGCUCCUCUCUCACCCCGACGGAGAGGUCAGAGCUCAGGUGGUGCGGCUCCUCGCUUAAACUCCGCUCUGGUCUCCACCCUGAGCUCCAUCAGACAUGCUGUGUUCAAGGUCCAGUCUCAUCUGGCCAGUGCACUUAGAAAUACAGCUGUGUGUUCAGCGGGAUUGCUUCUCAUGAUUCAGGCUUUGAUGGAUGCAAAUAUUUGGUGAAGUAGUGAACAACUAGUAAUCACAGAUCAGCAUGAAAUCACAGGAAUUCUGCAGCAGUUUUUAACCUAAACUCUAUCUACUGUAUAAAGGUUUCUCGAGGUUUAAUCAGAUUGUGUAUUCAGUUCUGGCUUUUUAAAGGGGUUCUACGUUUUACUGAACCCUUUCUACAGAAAGUUUUGGGUUUUCCCACAGCGACAAACCAAAGUUCCCCUAAAACCUUUUUCUGUAAUUACCACAGAAGAAUUUGGACACAUUUCCAUAAUGAGAAGAAGAACACAAGACCUGUUUACUUGAGAGACACGUAUAACUAAAGAGCAGUGAUUGAAUUCUGUCAGUAAGCAUUUAAAAUAUAUAUAUUAUGCAAAAUCAAAGUACAACCAUUAUAUUAAUAGGAAUAGGUCUUAGGAUGAGAGAAAAAAGUAGUUCUGUGGGGACGAAUUGUACAGGUUUAAAACUUUAUUUCCAAAUAUCUUUUUUUUUUUUUAAAUACUCAGCAUAAACAUUUAUCCACCACUUCAACUAUACUGAUUUAUAAUGAAAAAAACCUCUGUAGGAUUCCUGUAGGAAUACAUUUAAUAUUGGUUAACAGAAAAGUUUAUCUACAGCUGAAAGUGAAGCCACUCCUUUUUAUCAAUAUUCACUCCUUUGUGCCUUCGACCCUCCCAGAGGGCAGCAAAGGAAAUGGACAUGUUCAAAGAAAAACAAUGAAAGUGAACAACAUACAGACUCUACAUGUAUAUACAUGCAGGUGAUAAAGGAAACAACACUGCCUCGGUUACUCUGUAGAGGGCUUUAUUUGUCCCGUUCGAGUGUCACUGCAUAUCAUUCUUCUGUUCCCUAAUGAAAACAUUUCUAUCCUGAUGGGGCGUGGUCUCUUACAGGAUGACUCCGCCUCCACCUGAAUACUCACUGGAUGGUUUAAUACAGAUGAUAAUCAUUAUUUCACCGGAUCUCAAUACAAUUGAACACCUUGGGAGAAUUUGGACCCGUUUAGACCCCAGGGGAUUCUGUUGAGGAAGACUAAUGUUCAUCCAUUAUUCAGUGGAUUCCAGAGACUUAAAGGUGUAUUAAAGCCGUUUCGGUGAUUCAUUUUUUCCCCAGUAUAACGUUACUCAGUGAAUGCCUCCUGAGAAGUGUCCCUCCUUUGCCACAUAUCAAGUUGCUAGUGCCAAAAAAACUUUUUCUAACCAAUGAAUGAGUGUUUCACUCUCGCUGGUCUCCUACACACAAAGUGCUUCCUGUACUUUUCUGUUUCUUAGCUAAUUAUGUAUUGCAAAAUUAAGAUAUGCUUGAAAUGUCUGUGUGAUGGGCAAAAGAUGCACUUUGGCAGUUUGACUUCUCCUGUGCUGUGUAUUUUUCUGCAUGUGUUUGCAGUGCAGUGCAAGUGUUUGGCCGCUUAUGUGUUCUCUAACUCUAGCAUUAAGCCAGGUGUGUAAUUGAAGGGUCAGUUUUCGUCAUUUCGUUUACUGCAACUGGAAAAAAACAGCAAUGUGAACAUGUCUAUGAAUUGUACCAUAGUUGUGUGAAUUUUUGGUUCUUCUGUGAUCUUUUCAGACUAGCAUAAGAUUACUGCCAAUGCUUUUAAUGUUUGAAUGAAAAACUUUCAAAUAAAUUGUUUUAUUUUGGAUAACCAUCA